CUUGUGCACACUCGUCAAAGCCCUCUGCCGUGGGACGCUCAGCAACCCCACCGCCCAGUCCGUCGCUCUCGACGCUGCCUCUCCCGGAAAAGAGGCUGGUGGUGCUACGGUGACCCUUCGGAAGUGGAGCCCGCGUCCGAUUCACGGCCAGGGAGUCGCUUCGCUUGCAACUUUUGCGCCGCGAUGUCCAAGCCGCCACCUAAACCAGCCAAGCCAGGACAAGUCAAAGUUUUUAGAGCCCUGUAUACGUUUGAACCUAGAACUCCAGAUGAACUGUAUUUUGAAGAAGGAGAUAUUAUCUACAUUUCCGAUAUGAGUGACACCAAUUGGUGGAAAGGAACCUGCAAAGGAAGAACUGGACUGAUCCCCAGUAACUAUGUGGCUGAACAAGCGGAAUCCAUUGACAACCCUCUGCAUGAAGCUGCCAAGAGAGGUAACCUGAGUUGGUUGAGGGAAUGUUUGGAUAACAGAGUUGGUGUCAACGGCUUAGAUAAAGCUGGAAGCACAGCCUUGUAUUGGGGAUGCCACGGUGGACACAAAGACGUAGUGGAAGUGUUAUUGACGCAGCCAAACGUAGAACUAAACCAACAGAAUAAACUGGGAGACACAGCUUUGCAUGCUGCUGCAUGGAAAGGUUACGCGGAUAUUGUAGAAACACUCCUGGCAAAAGGUGCCAGAACAGAUUUGAGAAACAAUGAAAAAAAGCUGGCUCUGGACAUGGCUACUAAUGCUGCCUGUGCUUCCCUGCUCAAAAAGAAACAAGGGCAAGAUAUAAUGCGAACAUUAAGCAAUGCAGAGGAAUACCUUGAUGACGAAGACUCUGAUUGAGUUGCAUGAAUAUUGUCUUGAAAAAGUUACAACCUCUCUUGCCUCCACCUUUCUUAAAUCCUUUCUCUCUGUAACCACAAAAUGUACUUUUCACACAUACAGUGAUGAAGUGUUACAAUAAUUUCAAAUACCAUGGUGAGAGAUCCUUUCCACAGGGUGAAAAAUCUUCUCCGCAUUAAGGGCCAAAAAUUCUCUAGUUGCAUUCAAAUAAUUUGUCGAGAGUACAUGUAUGAUAGAUUCUUCCACCAAUUCCCUAUUAGACUGAAAACAGGCCUUGCCCUUUAAAACAAGAAAAAUAUUUUAGAUAUGGAGAUAUCAGCCUGUUGGCACAGCAAAUAGCCAUUUAAAAAUAUAUCUGACAUGAUUAGCAUUAUUUUACAGAGGGAAACAUCUCAGGUAGAAGAUUGGUUGUUUUUUCCACCGCACAUCUUCACCUUAGUGUGUGUGUGUGUGUCAUUGGGAACCCAAAUUUCAGGAGUAGGAAAAUAUUUUAUAUUGGGAAAAUAUCCUUAAGGGAUUUGGAGUUAAAACAACUAUUGUGUUUCCCACAAAAACUGGCUUAUGGACAUGACUGUUAUAUGCAUAUGUCUUGUUUUUGCGAGGGAUUAUCCAUGGCAGUAGAGGUUAGAUCUAACUCCGAGCAGGGACAGUGAGUGAGUUGUAUUAGCUGAGAGAAAGGAGCACAACUUGGUUCAUCAGCUGACACAGGAAACCACAAAUUCCUCCACCCAACAGUUCCUUAGAUGAUAAAGGGAAGUUUAGACGACUCUUCUACUCUGGAAUGUCCGCUGGGAGAAAUCAGGCUCAGAAAUGACCAUAAGCGUGGGAGAAAUUUUCAAAACUAUUCAUGUCUUCCACUGGUGAAUUGCACAGUCCCUGCUUUGUAUGUUUGUGUGUAGAGAGAGGGAAAAUAUGUAUAUAUGAUUUUUAAAUUUUCAUUUUAGGAGAGGGGAGAUAAGAUUAAAAGGUGAGAUCAUUGAAUUUCUUGCUUUAUGGCUCAAAUCCAAAUCCUUAGACUAAGGUAGGGAACCUAGUGCUCCCCAGAUGCUUUGUACUACAGCUCCCAGAAUCUUUAUAAUUGGCCAUGCUGGCUGGGGCUGAUUGGAGUUGUAGUCCAAAACUUCUGGAGGGCACCACGUUCCCCACCUCUGCCUUAGACAGUCAGUAUUUUCUUUGAAGGCAGGUAUUAAGAACUUUGGCCUCUAUCCAACGGAGCAUGCACAUAACCAAUUAGAUAAUCAGUCAUUUAACUAGCUGUUGAAUGGGGAGUAGAAUGACAGGCACACUGGGCUGCGUUUGGACAACACGAUAGUCAACGGUGGGGUAAUACUCAUCUCUGCACUUGUUGAUCUAGGGGGUAUUCCCCACAUGAUAUAAUAAUCAACCAUGGUAUCAGUGUUGGCUAUUAGUCCAGGCUGAGUUGACUCACUCAUCACCCCCUCUCUUUCCCUCCCCUCAGUCCUCCUGCUAGUAUCCCAUUGCUGCUGAAAAUCUAUCUUGCCAGCUGGACUAGAGCGGCAGCCAUCACUUUGACCACUCUUGCUUUGCACUGACGAAAUAACCGACAGUGCCUGCCACACAACAUGAUAACCAAUAGUAAUUCAAACAGCCAACUGUGCACAGAGUUGGUUAUUUUGGCCAAAUAACCAACUGUUGGUUAAAAAACUCCUGCCACAUAACAUGAUAACCUGUGGUGGGUUAUACAACCAAUCGUUGACUAUUUAAACCACCAUAAGCUAACGUGUUGUCUGAACCCAGUCUGUAUCUAGCCUUUUGUUUUUCCUGAAUAUCUAAUUGAUUCUAAUGCUGCCCACAGCCUUGGCAGCUGCCUCAAGAGGGAAUGCACUAAAUCAUAGCUCACAUUCACAAGAUUUAUGUAUAGAAACUAUUUUCUGUAUAGGCUUGCAACUUAGCCCAAUCAGGAAAUUUAGAUGGAGCAGGAAAUCACUUUCUUUGACUCAAAAGUGCUUGCAUUGUAGUAACUUUUACAAUGUAUUUGCAUUCAUAUUUGUAGCAUGAAGGUGUGGACUGUUUCUCACUUUCUGCUCUCUUUGCUUUCCCCUUAGCUUUCUCCUGUCCUUCAAAGGUUCUGGUUCUCUUUCUCUACUCUGCCCCCACCCCAAAAUAUUUCACCUCAGAGUUGAUGUGUUCCAGAAAUCAUUUAUCGAGUGGAAAACCACAAACCAAAAGUAUCUUCAGAAAAGGAUGCAGUAUGAAUAAAUAUUUUAAAAUGCUUUGAAA